AUGGGGGUGUCGGCUCAUGUUUUGGAAAAUGAUCCAACUAAGCUGGAAUCAAGGACUGAGGUAUGUGUGUUUAUUGGUUACCCUAGAGGAUUGAAAGCGUAUGAAUUCUAUAGUGUCCGGGACAAGAAAGUCAUUGUGAGUACUCACGCGAUAUUCUUAGAGAAAGAAAUUGUUAUGAAUCAUAAACCCAGCAGUGAAAUGGCUAUUGACGAGCUAACUUAUGUCACAAGUUCCAUUACCAAAGAACAAGUACUAAAUGUACAAACUACACCAGAAAUUUCAACUUCUAUUCCUAAUGUUGUAGUGUCGCGUCGUAGUGGGAGGGUUUCACAUGAACCCGAUAGGUACAUUGGUUUGGGGGAGUCCUCAGGCCACACCUCGGAUGACAAUGUAUCAGAUCCUUGGAAUUUUGCAGAGGCGCAUGUGGAUACCGAUAAUUGCGAAUGGGUGAAAGUAAUGGAUUCCGAUCUACAAUCAAUGAUAGACAUAGACAUGGACGUUAAGACUGCAUUCUUGAAUGGUAGUCUUGAGGAGACCAUCUACAUGGAACAAUCCGAGCGCUAUGCCGUUAAAGGCAAAGACCACAUGUUCGGGAUGAAAGAUAUGGGAGAAGUUGGACACAUUCUAGGUAUCAAGGUCCUCCGUGACCGUGAAAAGAGAAUGUUGUGUUUAUCUCAAGAAUCUUACAUCGAGGUUGUACUUGGGCGAUUUAGCAUGCAAGAUUUCAAGAAAGGUUUCCUACGAUUUAGACAUGGAAUCCAUUUAUCUCAAGAGAUGUGUCCCAAAACACCAUCUGAGAUAGAAGAGAUGAGAAGGAUACCGUAUGCCUCGGCAGUUGGUAGUCUCAUGUAUGUUAUGCUUUGUACAAGGCCUGAUAUUUGCUUUGUUGUUGGCAUGGUGGCAAAAUAUCAGUUGAAUCCGGGUUAA